AUGGUGCUAAAUCUUUACUCUGAAGGUGAUAUGCCUCAGCUGGUCAGAGGGAUGAAGCUUUUAAACCAAGCUGAUCCAUGUGUGCAAGUUUUAAUCCAGGAGACAGGAGAACAUGUGCUAGUGACAGCAGGAGAAGUUCAUCUUCAGCGUUGCUUGGAUGACCUGAAAGAAAGGUUUGCAAAGGUACAGAUUAGUGUUUCAGCCCCUAUUAUACCGUUCCGAGAGACAAUAACAAGACCUCCAAAAGUUGAUAUGGUGAAUGAAGAAAUAGGAAAACAGCAGAAAGUUGCUAUCAUACACCAAGCAAAAGAGGACCAAACUAAAAUUCCCGAAGGAAUUCAGGUUGAUUCAGAUGGGCUUGUUACAAUAUCUACUCCAAAUAAACAAGCUACUCUCAGUGUAAGAGCAGCACCACUUCCUGAGGAGGUAACUCGACUUCUUGAAGAAAACAGUGACUUAAUUCGAACUAUGGAACAGCUCAACACGUCUCUGAAUGAAGACAAAAAAACCCAUGAGAUCAAUCAGAAGACUCUUGAUAGAAUUAGAGAAUUCAAACAAAAAUUGGAGCAAAAUCUGCAGGGAAGAAAGUGGAGAAAUGCUGUUGAUCAGAUCUGGUCAUUUGGACCACGAAAGUGUGGGCCUAAUAUUUUGUUAUAUAAUUUUGAGGGCUAUAAAAGGUCUGUGUGGCAGUGCCUUGGGAACACCGUGAAAGAAGUAAGUAAAUACAGAGACUUUGACAACAGCAUAGUAAGUGGAUUUCAGCUGGCUACACUUUCAGGUCCCAUGUGUGAAGAGCCCCUCAUGGGUGUUUGUUUUACGGUGGAAAAAUGGGAAAUAAAUAAAGUUGGAGAUGUGCUGUCAACUAGAAGUCAGGAUUCAGGGGAACAUGAUGCCGUAGAAGAUCAACAAAAUGAAGAUAAUGCUCUAGCAAGCAGUUCAACUGGUGAAGCUCACAGUGCAAAUGAACACCAGGACAGCAGCCAAAGUGGUAUGGGAUCUCCUGAGAAAACUAGUAAGCCCAAGGGAGAAGUUUUACUUGCAGAUUGCUAUGGUCCCUUUUCUGGACAGCUGAUUGCCACCAUGAAGGAAGCUUGUCGUUAUGCUCUGCAGGCAAAACCACAGAGGCUUAUGGCAGCAAUGUACACGUGUGAAAUCAUGGCUACUGCAGAAGUUUUAGGUCGUGUGUAUGCUGUCCUGUCCAAGAGAGAAGGCAGAGUGUUACACGAGGAGAUGAAAGAGGGGACGGAUGUGUUUAUUAUUAAGGCAGUCCUGCCAGUAGCAGAAAGCUUUGGUUUUGCUGAUGAAAUCAGGAAAAGAACUAGUGGCCUGGCCAGUCCACAGCUGGUGUUCAGCCACUGGGAGAUCAUUUCCAGUGACCCAUUCUGGGUGCCAACGACUGAGGAGGAGUAUUUGCACUUUGGGGAAAAGGCAGACUCGGAGAACCAGGCGCGCAAGUACAUGAACGCAGUAAGAAAGAGAAAGGGGCUGUAUGUAGAAGAAAAAAUUGUGGAGCACGCUGAGAAGCAAAGAACUCUUAGUAGAAAUAAAUAGCUGUGUCUGCCUCCUUUCUCCCCUGACUCAGCUAAAUGUGGGUGGAUCAUUUUAUGUGCAGCAGAUUCCAAAUUUCAUCUGGACUUUGUUCUUUGACACCAGUUUUCUUACACUCUAUGUCUGUGGCUUAUGUUUUAAUAAACUUAAGCCUUUCCAAAUUUUAUACAGAGAAAAUAGUUUAUUUAUUUAAAUAAAAUAUAGGCAUAGUCAUUGCAAUUGGUCUCAAUUUUUAAAAUUUACUGCCCUAUUGAACUUCCUGUCACAAGGAUUAGGAACUCCUAAUUUAAUUUGUUUCUUCUGAUUUAUCACAUGUAAUUGCAGUUAGAGCUGGUUACUAGCUUGUUGCAAAUAAACUAUGCACUGAAUUUA